AUGGGGAAAAGAGCUAUGCCUGACAAAUCAAAUCGCGCUUCAAAGAAGAAAAGGGGUGGUGGUGGAAAAUAUGGCCCGCAGAAAAGUCGCGUCGCUAUUGAAUCUGGCGAUGCCAUUGAGGGCACUGAAAAUCAAGUGGAAGAGGAGCAUGAUACUGAUGAUGAAGAUAUCGAGGCCCAGAUCCGAAGGGAACUGGAGGGCUUACAGCCCAACAAAGAUAAACGUCGUCAAUUCGAGCCCAUGCAGAUGGAAAUGCCGUGUGUGACAUUCAUGCGUCUUGAUCCCUCAAUAGACCCGGUCAAGCUUGUACACCGUCUGUGUACCGAAGCACAUGCCCACCCGGAGACUAAGAAGAGCCGGUGGAUUAAGCGCAUGCAUCCAGUCACGUCAAUGCGGAAGACUUUGAGUGUGGAUCUAGCGGCUUUCGCAAAAGAGAUUCUCAAGCCUCAUUUCCAUUCAGGAGGGCCGCCGAAGACGUACGCCAUUCGGCCUACUGUGCGAGGCAAUUCGAAGCUCAAGCGUGACAGUAUUAUCAAGACUGUUGCUGACGCUGUCGGACCUGAGCAUCCGGUGAAUUUGACGAACUAUGAUUUAAUGAUCCUCGUCGAUGUUGCCCAAAAUGUGGUUGGAAUGAGUGUAGUGCAAGGUGAUUACGACAAGCUGAAGCGGUUCAACUUGGCUGAAAUCUACGAUCCUUCGCCAAAAGAAGAGCCAGCAGCCACGGCCACUGAAUCUAAGGCUUAG